GCCUGUGUACUUCAGGGGUUUUUUGGUUUUGCUUUUUAACUUGUAUUUUUGUUUUAUAGGUCCUGUGUGAUUUAUGCUUUAAAGAGGUUCUGUUUUGAUGUGUUUCCAGGAUUUGUUUCAAGAUUUAGAGCUCCUUUUAGCAGUUUUUGUAGCAGUGGCUUGGUAAUGGUGAAUUCUCUCAGCAUUUGUUUGUCUGAAAACAACUAUCUUUUCUUCAUAUGUGAUACUUUUUGCUGGAUACAAAAUUCUUGGCUGAUAAUUGUUUUGUUUGAGGAGGCUGAACAUAGGACCCCAAUCCCUUCUAGCUUGUAGUGUUUCUCCUGAGAAAUCUGCUGUUAAUCUGAUAGGUUUUCCUUUAUAGGUUACCUGGUGCUUCUGUCUCACAGACUCUUAAAAUUCUUUCUUUCAUUUUAACUUUGUCCGGAAUUGGUGGGUUCUUGGUCUUGCUGACUUCAAGAAUGAAGCCACGGACCCUCAUGGUCCUCAGCCAGCAGAGCCACAUUCCUUAUGAGCACCGCGGGUUUAUUUCAUUUUCCUACACCACUGACCCGAAUAUGCCCGGCGCCAUGGGGACUCCGGCUUUGGGAGAAGCUGACGUUGUUAUCCCCAGGAAUAGCUGUCACUCCGGUCCAGAUGGCAGGCAAGAAGGACUACCCUGCACUGCUUUCCUUGGAUGAGAAUGAACUCGAAGAGCAGUUUGUGAAAGGACAUGGUCCAGGGGGCCAGGCAACCAACAAAACCAGCAACUGCGUGGUGCUGAAGCACAUCCCCUCAGGCAUCGUUGUAAAGUGCCAUCAGACAAGAUCAGUUGAUCAGAACAGAAAGCUAGCUCGGAAAAUCCUACAAGAGAAAGUAGAUGUUUUCUACAAUGGUGAAAACAGUCCUGUUCACAAAGAAAAACGAGAAGCGGCGAAGAAAAAACAAGAAAGGAAAAAAAGAGCAAAGGAAACCCUGGAAAAAAAGAAGCUACUUAAAGAACUGUGGGAGUCAAGUAAAAAGGUCCACUGAGAAAAGAAUUACAGAUUCCAACUGACAGAAUCUGCCAGAAGCUCCCAGGGAAUAAUGGUGGCGAGUUCCAUCACCAGCAUUAUUAUAGUGCUUCAAAAGAAAUAUUUUUGAUGAACUUAAAAGACAACAAAUUUAUUUAAAUGGUGCACUAAACUGUAGUGAACAGAGACAUGCAUGAUUCAAGAAUAAAACUCGGCCGGGCACGGUGGACGGUGCCUCACACCUGUAAUCCCAGCACUUUGGGAGGCCGAGGCGGGCGGAUCACUUGAGGUCAGGAGUUUGAGACCAGCCUGGCCAACAUGGUGAAACCCCGUCUCUACUAAAAAUACAAAAAAUUAGCCAGGCAUGGUGGCGGGCACCUGUAAUCCCAGCUACUCGGGAGGCUGAGGCAGGAGAAUUGCGUGAACCUGGGAGGCAGAGGUUGCAGUGAGCUGAGAUCGCACCACUGCACUCAAGCCUGGGCAACACCUGGGUGAUAGAGCGAGACCCCAUCUCAAAAAAAAAUAAAACUAGGUCAAGUGCAAUGACACACGCCUAUAAUCCCAGCACCUUGGGAGGCUAAGACAGGAAGAUCACCUGAGCCCAGGAGCUCAAGAUUGCAGUGAGCUAUGAACACCACUGCACUCCACCUGUCCACUUGUUCUUGUGUGACAGAACAAGACCCUGUCUCUAAAAAAUAAGAUAAAACCAUAAAGAAACACAGUCAGUACUAUACAAGAAUAAUGGCUACUUCUAGAGGGAAGGAGUUGUCAUUGUGAUGAGGCACUUGGAGAGGUUCUGGGGUGCCUGACAAAGUUCUGUUUCUUCACCUGGGUGGUAGUUAGAAGGGUGUCCCCGUAUUUCAAAUUGUACCUUUGUCUGUGUGAUUGUAUCUGUUUUGUAAUAAUAAAAUUUUUUUUGUAAUUA